UAUCAAAUGAUUCUUUGUUCUUGAAAAUUGUACUUUUCGGGACAUUUCGUCAUCCUGUCUUGUAGUAAUCAUUUUUACCAUUUCUAUAUUCUUUUUUUAUACUUUCUUCUAUCAAAUGAUUGAAAAAUCAAUGUGAGAUUAUAUUUAAUGAAAAAUUUAUCCUUUUUAUUGUUGGUAAAUUCACAUUAUUGUUAAACGUUAAAGUUAUCUAAAAAGAGUUACACAUGAUUUUUGGAAACAAAUUAAAACUUGAAAUAAUGUGGAAUAUCGAUGUUAAAGAGAUAUUGUUGUGAAGUGUAUAUUAUUUUGAAAAAAACAAUUACUACAAUAUUAAAUGUAGGUAUUCAGUUCACCCGUAUGCAAACGAUUGCAUACGUUCCUGAAGGUAGUCGUCUGCUGUGACGCGGAACAAAAUGGCGGCAGCUAAUGAAGUGCCGGCAGAAAUCAACCAGAGUGGCAUGUGUACUACUGAAAACCAGACUUCAAAAAUGGAAUCAAUGGAUGUUGGAGAAUCAGCUCCUGUAGCAGCUACAAAUGCUAGCAUGCCGUCAUGCAAAGAAUCUGUAUCUGUGGAAGAUAUGACAUCUAGAGAUUAUUACUUCGAUUCUUAUGCUCAUUAUGGAAUUCAUGAAGAAAUGUUAAAGGAUGAAGUACGAACUAUGACAUACCGUAAUUCCAUGUACCACAAUAAACAUCUUUUUAAAGGAAAAACAGUUCUAGAUAUAGGCUGUGGUACAGGUAUAUUAUCCAUGUUUGCAGCAAAAGCUGGAGCUGCCAGAGUUAUUGGGAUAGAAUGUUCUAAUAUUGUUGAGUACGCAGAAAAAAUUGUGGAGGCCAAUCAACUUUCAAAUGUGGUAACAAUUUUGAAAGGCAAAGUCGAAGAAGUUUCUUUACCAGAUGACAUAGAAAAAGUAGACAUAAUUAUAUCCGAGUGGAUGGGUUAUUGUUUAUUUUACGAAUCUAUGCUGGACACAGUGCUUUUUGCUAGAGAUAAGUGGCUUCGUGAAGAUGGAAUGUUAUUUCCUGAUAAAGCAACUCUAUUCAUAUGCGGCAUAGAGGAUAGACAAUAUAAGGAUGAAAAAAUUAAUUGGUGGGAUGAUGUAUAUGGCUUUGAUAUGAGUAGCAUAAGGAAAGUAGCAAUAAGCGAACCAUUGGUGGAUAUCGUAGAUCCAAAACAAGUUGUAACAAAUGCAUGUCUUAUCAAAGAAGUUGAUCUAUAUACUGUAACAAAGGCCGAUUUAGAAUUCUCAUCACCAUUUACUCUCCAAGUUCGUAGAAAUGAUUAUGUUCAAGCGCUAGUUACAUUCUUCAAUAUCGAAUUCACUAAGUGCCACAAACGAAUUGGCUUUAGUACAGCGCCCGAAGUGCAAUAUACGCACUGGAAGCAAACAGUGUUUUAUUUUGAUGAAUACAUGACAGUAAAAAAAGGAGAAGAAAUAUAUGGUGUAUUUUCUAUGAAGCCCAAUGCAAGAAAUUAUAGAGAUCUGGAUUUCAGUAUCGAGUUGGACUUCAAGGGAGAUUUGUGCGAAAUUCAUGAAACAAAUACGUAUCGCAUGCGCUGAUACCACCCGUGAGCUUCUCUAUUCUUCUUUUACUACAAUAGUUCUUCAGACUGUUUAGUGAAAUCUGAACUUAAAACCUUGUUAUUAUUAUUGAAUUGUGCUAAUCAUUUAACGUAAUUAACAGUACAGUACAAGUAUGGCAAAAUAUAUUUUACUCUUUUUUUACAACUUCAAUAAAAUUUAAUAAAAUUGUGUCAUGAUUUUUA